UUUUGCUCUAACACUAGGGGCGAGUUCAGUCUCAAAAUGUCUUGCAGAGUUCUGCAACGGGCUUCCAGACAUGGCGGGCUGAGCGGCGUCCGCGAGGCAGACGGUCCCGUCUGAAGCAGAAACCAGAAGACUGUGGGCUCCCAGCAUGGUGGAUGCCAGCACAACUUACAGGAUGAACCCGCUCGCUGCCCUCAGCAUCGACCGCAACGCUCUGGUGGGGGACAACUAUCGCCCCCACGGAGGAAUUUUUUAUCCCGGCAUCCAUCCUCUGUCUGCUGAAAAGCCCCAGGAGGCUGGCACUUCUCUCCCACUUGGUUAUGAUCUCCUGUACAAACCAGCUGUAACCCUAUUGGAUGGCCAGAAAUCCGCAAAUGGAUAUGUUGGACUUUACAAAAGCUCACCACCAGGGUUGCAGAAACCUGUGAUUGUCCCUGCUGCAGGAGGUGAUGCCCGGGGGCUGGACCGUUGCAUUUUACCCAAUGACAAGCAGUCAGAAUUGGGCCUGAAUGGUGCCGGCAGCUUCCUGAGAUUGCCCUGGAUGAGCCCUUAUGCUGAUGCAACAAUGUACCCCUUCCUGGACAUGGCAUACAAGGCCUCCUUCCUGUCACAGCCAUCGCCGUUCAUCCACCAGCAGCUGGCUUAUCAAUCUCUUUGUGCCACUGGGGCAGGAAGCAGCACAACUGGGGAAGAAAGACUUUUCUACCUGCCUCAGUAUGCCCCUGCCCACAUCUCUUCCCCACUCGGCCCUCCAAUCAGGAUCCCUACGUCCACUCCAGCUUCUGCUGUCCUUUCACCACUGCCCCACUGCCAGGACAAGGCUUUACAGGGCCUUGGGCCUCAGGUACAUCAGGAACACUCUGCCUUCAGUAACAGUUCACAGAUCCACCAGGAGCCCCAACCUAAAGCUGUUCAUCAUACUGAGCGACAACAUGGCAGCAGUAGCAGUGGCGCAAAGUCCAGUCAAUCCACUUCCUCCAAGAACACUCUUAACAGCAGCGGCGGUGGAGGAAGUAGUAGUGCCCCUGUUAACAGUUCAGCUAGCACUGCUGCCUUAGAGACACCCCCAGUUACCCGUCCUCCAAGCUCAGUUCCCCCACCCCAACCCCUCAACAACCCCACUACAGAUCUCCAGAAGUCGCUUUACCGAAGCACCUCCUCAUCCUCAACCACACUUUCUGUGUCUCACCCCUUUUACAUGGGCAACCUGAGCUCUGAGCACUGCUCUUCCAUGCAUUCAGGCAACAACAAAACCAAAGAUGCCAGCUCAGAUCGCUGUGCAGAGAAGUGCAUAUCACCUGCAAAGUCAUCAUUGGAGAGAGGUGUACCUCAAAAGCCUACCAAAAAGCCCAGGGAAAAACCAUUAGAUCUGUCUGCUAAAGAGUUGGAAGGAUUCUCAAAUGGAUUCCCAUCCAAAUUAGAGGCCCUGGCCAAGUUGGGUUAUUUACCAUCAUCUCGUUACGGCCUGCUAGCCAGUCAGGACCAGCACCUAAACGAAAGUCUACCCUCACCUGUUAGCAGGUCAGCAAAGACUCCAGAUCGUCCUGAAAUGAUGAGCUCUGUGCCCUCCCCUUGGGUUUCGGGUCCUUCCUCAGCUGUCAGCUCUGACCACAGCAGAGGCUCCCAAAUUAUUAAAAAUAAGAGUUUAGACAAUAUUCCUCAUCAUCCACAACCUCAAAGCUCACCUGGCUCCACGACAGUUGAGGUAACCAAUAUUCCCAGCCCUGACUUAGGGGGAAGACCCUCUGCAUCAUCUCCUUCCCCAAAGUCCAAAGUUGAAUGGUCACGAGUCCCCCCUACUGAUUCAGAGAAAUCCCUUCCAAACAGUAAAGGAGAAACUCGUACAUGCCCUGGAAAACCGAGCACGACUCGUGCUAAGCCAGAGACUCACGAGAGCCAACCUCAUCCACAGCAGCAACAGCAGUCUUGUGUGGAAAAUGGAAACUCCUGCAGUCAAAUCUAUGGUGACUCCUACCUCCCUCCUGGACUAGGAUACACUAACCGUUACAUCCCAUACGCAGUUGCUGAAAAUAUGUCCUUGCAACGCAUGGCCAUACCAGGCAAAGGGCCUGUCUAUCCACAUCCAGUCUUGCUUGGCAGCAGCAGCUUUUAUCCCCCUCGCAUUUCACCAAAACAUGGCCUUCCAUAUGGAGUACAUCCAAACCAGGGUGACUUCAUGACAUAUCAGAAUUCCCGGGGGACGACGCAUCCACCUGUGUCCUCCCAUCCAGGUCUUGACCAUCUUGAGACCCAAGAUAAAAUCUGGAGUGCAGAACCAUACAGGAACCAGGAAAAAAUAGAUGCUGACAGCUCCCAAAAGAGUGACAAUGAAAGAGACAAGUCCACAAACCAAACCAUAAAGACAACAGGCAAAAGCCUCACUUUGGCCAGGGAUGAUGUGGUUUGUAUUGACCUGGUUCAUGAUGAGGCGGAUGAUUUGUCUACCAACAAGCACAGCUCCCUAACGACCAUAAGAGAAGAUUCAUCCAAGCAUGGUGGGAGUGGCUGUAAACACAUUCAAGAAAGAGAGCCAUGGCCUCCACAAUCCCUGCCUCCAAGCCAGGUUACAGAUCAGAGACAAUCCCAUACUUCCCAACAACAACCCCUUCAGGACAACUCUUCUUCACCUCCUAGUGAAGAGAUCCAGGAAGAGGAGGAACCACUUAGUCCAUUCCCAGACAUCCCAGAGGAGCAGACGAUGCACUGUGCUCGAACUUCUCCACAGCAGUUUUCAAGAAAAUGUAAAACUGGAGUCUCUGGUGGUGCUGGCGACUUGAUAGGGGUUGGUGUCACUAAUGGUAGGAAUAAAGGUGUUGAUGGGAAGAGCACUAGUAAUGAAGCUAAGUCAGAGGCCUUAGCCAAUAAAAAUGCUAACCCUAAGCAAAGCCCUUCCAGAAAUGUUAUCUCAUUGGGUCCUUUUAGCAAAGAAAGGGAGAGACAGUGUUCUAGUGAUUGUAACAAUUCUAACAACAUCCUGGGAGCGGUGUCUUUAAUCACUGGCCCAAAGAGUCCAGCUUCUGUGGGCAACUUUGAUUCAGACAGUCCAGUUUGCAGCAGUAAGGGGCCGGCAUACAGAGACUUCAGUCCCCCAGCAUGCAGGAGUUCUAAUUCCAGGGUUCCAGUUGAGGGAGUUGUGAACAGCAGUGCCCCGCUGCGUAUUAACAUCAACCCAAAAAGUCCCACUCGUAACUCUGGCGAGGCAAACAAUCCACAUUUUGUCAACAGAAAUUUUGUGGGUCCAUGUUGCCGAAAUAUGGCUCUGAGGGCUCCAACUUGUGAACCCAGAAUUUUCAGCAGUCCAACUCUUGGAAAUAGCAACCCUGUGACUCCAAACUACAGGAGCAUCAAUCCCAGAUUUACAAAUUAUGAAAACCGCAAUGCCAUGCGCCCAGUUUGCGGAAACAUUCAUCUCAGGGCCCCUGCAUCUGGAAAUAACUGUUUAAGUUGUCCAAAUUGUGGAAAUACCAUCUCCAAAGGCCAGUCUUUUGGAAAUAACCAGAGCUAUGUAAAUAACAAUCCUAGUGUCCCCACAUACGGCAACAAUUUUCCUCGGGGCUCAACCUGUCGGCACCCGUCACCUGGCAAUCCUUUCAAUGGAGGCCUUAACUUGAUCCCUGCAGAUCUGACUCCAGAACUGGCAGUUAACAAAGACUUAGAAUGUGAAGGCCUUUCCUCCAAUGAGACAGAACCCAGGAAAGAGGCGCCAAACUCCGGCUUCACCACUGCUAGCUGUGAAGAUGGGAACAAAGACAUCCUGGACAGCAUGGAUCCCCUGGCGGACGAGGACGAGGACGCCGGCUGCUGCAAGAACCGGCGCUCCGGCCUCACCAAACGCAUCGCCAGUUCAUCCGGCUAUGUUGGCGACCGGUUUAGAUGCGUGACCACAGAGCUUUACGCCGACUCCAGCAAACUGAGCAGAGAGCAGAGAGCACUCCAGCGAGCAAUGCUGCGUUUCUCUGAGCUGGAGCUGAAGGAGAAAGAAGGAGAAAGAGAAGAUGAAGAAGAAGGAGAAGAAGGGAUGACAGCAGCAACGGUGGUGGCGGCGGGGGAGUCUGAUGAUCUUAUGUUAAUUAACUUUUCCCUUCUCCAUCCAGAACAGAGGUCUGAUCACACUGAACAAAAUAAUGUUUUUAUCUUUGGCUAUGUAGAUUUCCAUCCCUCCUGUUCUCACAGCCGCCUCCCCGUCCUGCCUCUGUGCCGCCUCUCUGACAAUCUCCCUGUCCUCCCAGAAAAGGAUGACGAUUCAGUGGAGGAGCAGAAGAAGAACGAAGAAGUUGGUCCGCAGGAGGAGAAGAAGAAAGAGGAGAAGAGUUUUCUCUCACAGCCACAAGAACAAACAAAGUUCCUGUCCACAGCCAGAGGCCUGUUUCAGGGAAACGCCUCCACGGCGACAUCCAUGCCGGGACUCGGAGGUUCAAAUCUCAGCACGUCGAUAAACCGGAGACGUAUCUUCAGUCUGGAGCCUUUCCACCAGAGCAGCAUCAUCAGCAGCCGGCUGAAGAGAGGGAGGGAAGAGGAGAGGGAAGAGGAAGACCAGACGGGAAACCACAACAAGAAAACCAAGUUAACAAACGACUCGACCCUAGAGGACGUGAAAAAGCUGAAGGUUUGCAUUGAGCUAAACGGCCUACGACUCAAUAAGCCCCGCCUCCCCGGGGACCUCAGCCAAUGGCUGUCCUCCAGCCAGCGGCUAUCGGAUGUCGACAAAAACUUCAGAAUGGAUGUACCCACUGUCCGGGGGAGGUCAGAGGUCAACGGAGGCUGGUGUGACCCUACAUUUGUGAGGAGGGACGACCCAAGAAUUUUCCACGUGGCUCCGCCCUCCUCUCCCGCCCAUCUCCCUCCGCAGCUGUGCAGCUCCGCCCCCCGGCAACCUUCCCCUGCAUCCUCGCUCGCCUCCUCCCGCCUCCAGGACAAGCAUCAGAAGCUGAGGGAGAGCCGCAGGGUUUCCACUUUCCUCCAUUCCUUAUCUCCUCUUCCUUCUGCCUCUUCCUCACCUGACCCCCAUCCCUUCCGAUGCCAGGAUGACGACCUCAACAAGCCGAAAGGCAAGCGUUCCUGCAAAACCAAGCACACGGGAGGAGAGACGGCGAGGGACGAGGGCAGAGACAGGGGUGAAACCGACAAUGAGGAGGAGAGUGGAAAGGUGUCUCUGUCUGACCCGUCUCGCUCCCCUGGCCGUCUCGCUCCCUCACCGCAUCACACACACAUCACCCGGCCCGCCCCUCCUGAAGUCCGCCGACUUAUUGUGAACAAAAAUGCUGGAGAGACACUGCUGCAGCGUGCCGCCCGCCUGGGAUAUGAGGUAAAAAAGUCAGAAACACACCCAGAUGUGUGA